AUGAACAUUCGAAGAGGAUUAUGGGAAACUAGGGUUAUCGAACCAGUCUUCUAUGACGACGAGGGAGGGGUUUUGCUUACCGGUCUGCCACCUUUCCUUUCUCGGCAUCGCUUGAUCGAAAAGACCCCUAAAGCGAGUGAUUUUGUCGAGAAGCAGUCUUCGCGAACUUCUUGGUUCUUCUUGGUUGAGCAGAAAUCCUGCAGGCCUCCCUCCUCAAACUCGCACUCUGCCUAA